UCCUGAGAGUGAUCUUUUGAAGUAGCUAUGCUGGUGUAAUCACUGGGAUUGCCAUACUGUUCCCUUACUUUAACCAGGUUGUGGGAGUUGCAGGAGCAAUCAACUUCUGGCCUAUAGUUGUGUACUUCCCUGUGGAGAUGUAUCUAAAGCGGAAAAAGAUUGGAUAAGCAAGAAGAUUGUUCUUCCUACAUAUACCUAUGUAUGCUUGGUGGUUAUCUUAUUUGCCUUUGUUGGUUCCAUCAGAGGUUUGAUUAUUGCUAGGUUCACCAAAAUUACUAUCCAGUGUCAAACCUUUGUAAGGAAAUUCUUGUUAAAAUACUAAAAUAAUAAUUACAACAUCUUCGGCAGCCUAAUCAUCUAAGCAUGAAAGAGGAACAGACCCCUUUCUCACAAUUAAUUCAAGUGGACCCUGGGGCUCCACUUCUAAGCAAGAAUCAUAUCAUCAUAUAAUAAGGGCAGUAAAGAAUUCCAGAAGCAGCCUGUUCCUCUUCAGGACGUCACUGGAUUGAAGUAUUUCCAGUCUCUGGGCAAGUUGGAUCUCUAUUGGGUUAGAUAUUUUAUAUUAUCUCCUCUUUAAUUACUGGGUAUUUCUUGUCUGCAUAUACCAACAGGAAGUCUUUUUUCAAGCAAGUCAAGAUCUUGAUUCUGGAGAAGAUGGCAAAGGACAAUUUUGGGUGGUUAAACAAUGACCAAUCAACAAAAGACAAAAAGCGUGUUAUUUAAUUCAUUGCAAUGUGUGGACUAUUGCUUCAAUUCAAAGGCAUGGGAGUUGAUGAGGAAGAAGAAGAAGACGAGGUGGGUGAUACUAAGUAGUAGUCAGAUGUGCCCUUGUGUUCAGCAGCCAUGCUCUACUCCUCCUUCAGCACCAUCACCACAAUCUGGAACUGUGAAGAAAACUGGAAAUGAAUGGACUGCAUUGGCACAUAUUAUCACUGCAGUUAUAGGGUCAGGAGUUUUGUCAUUAGCAUGGAGUAUAGCUCAACUAGGGUGGAUUGCUGGCCCAAUAACUAUGCUGUGUUUUGCUUCUGUAACCCUUACCAGUGCAUUUCUUCUCUGCAACUGUUAUGAACUCAUCGAUCAACACGGGAUGAUCACCAACAGGCAUGGCUCUUACCUUGAUGCUGUCCAGUCAAUUUUAGGAAAUAGAAACGCGUGGUUUUGUGGCAUCAUUGUUCGGAUAAAUUUCAUCAAGCUUGGAAUUGUGUACACAAUCACCUCUGCUAUUAGCAUCAGAGCAAUUCAGAAAUCAAACUGCUAUCAUAAUGAUGGGCACGAGGCUGAAUGUCGAUACUCGAAUACUAAAUAUAUGAUAAUAUUUGGAUUGGUUCAAGCUCUAGUGUCUCAAAUUCCUGAUUUCCGACAUACAGAAUGGCUCUCCAUAGUGGCUGCACUCAUGUCUUUCGCAUAUUCGUUUAUUGGAUCAGGACUUAGCUUAGCAAAAGUAAUAGAUAAUGGUGAAAUAAAGGGUGGGAUUGGAGGUUGGCCUUCUCGUAAUGCUGGUAAAAAAGUAUGGUCUGUUGCAGAGGCACUCGGAAACAUUGCAUUCGCCUUCCCAUUCUCCGUUAUUUUUUUAGAGAUACAGGAUACAUUGAAGGGACCUACAGAGAAGGCCACCAUGAAGAAGGCCUCAAUAAUGGCAGUCUGCACUACGACGUUUUUCUACCUAUGCUGUGGAGGAUUGGGUUAUGCAGCCUUUGGCACUAAAACUCCCGGGAACCUCUUGACGGGAUUUGGUUUUUAUGAUCCAUAUUGGCUCGUCGACUUUGCUAAUGCGUGCGUUGCUGUUCAUCUUGUUGGAGGAUACCAGGUGUUCAGCCAGCCAUUAUAUGCAAUUACAGAGAAAUGGCUUCGCAAGAAACUUCCACAGAAUCAGUUUUUUCAGGUGGAUUAUAAUCUGAAACUCAAUAAGCAUUUACCAGCUCUCAGAUUGAGCUUCCUGAGAGUGAUCUUUCGAACUAGCUAUGUUGCUGUAAUCACUGGGAUUGCCAUACUUUUCCCUUACUUUAACCAGGUUGUUGGAGUUGCAGGAGCAAUCAACUUCUGGCCUAUAGUUGUGUACUUCCCAGUGGAGAUGUAUCUAAAGCAGAAAAAGAUUGAAUCUUGGACAACCAAGAAGAUUGUUCUUCGUAUAUAUACCUAUGUUUGCUUGGUGGUUAUCCUAUUUGCCUUUGUUGGUUCCAUCCGAGGUUUGAUUAUUGCUAGGUUCACCUAAAUUGUGUUAGACAUAUAUAACACCAUUUUAACAUUACUAGAUUGUAUUAAUAACCAUCACAAGCUAGGAUGUAUUUUCAUUAACAAUUUGAAAUUUCAGUUAUCGUAAAAUGCAUACUUUAAUAGGUGUAUAAAACAUACACCGUACUGUGUAAAUCUUAAACUUUUGAGAAUUAUUGUAA